CACGUUUCUCCGGAAAUGCUAAAGAUUGGCGGGCAAUUCCACGUCGUUGUCGUCGCAGACUAAAGUGAAAUAAACUCUUUAUGACCUAUCAAAAUGAAACAGUUAAUCACUGACUCUUCUUGACGUCAUUGUUCUGUAGCUACGACCAAACCACGUUGCGAUCUCUUGUCGCGUUGCGGGUCGACAAAGCCGCGGCCGCGUAAACAAAACCCAGCGAGGUGCCGGUUGAGGCAAAUCUUUUAUUGUGAAAUAUCCGACCGGAACUCCUCGUAGUAACGGCCUCACGCUUUGAGCCUGGCGGCGAUAAAACCGCUUGUGGAGCUCCCGCCUCGUCAGACACCUUUUUUUUUUUCUUCUUUUUUUUGACGGGGGCGACAGAAGAAGAAGAAGAAGAAGAAGAAGGAGGAGGAGGAGGAGGAGGAGGAGAAGACAAGGCGCGCACGACUCACUCGCGUGCUGGAGUUGAAACAUGAAUGAGCGGUCGCGGCUGGCGAGUCUGGCUCCGGCUGUCACCACCCAGCACUAGUCCGAGGGACGAGGAGAGGAGCCAUGAAGAAGCACCUGAGUCCGACCAAGCUGCUGCAGCCGCCGCCGCCGCCGCCGGCCGAGGCUCCGGCUCCGGCUCCGAGCUCCGACGUCACCGUGCAGCAACUCAACGAGCUCCUGUCCAACGGCAGCGGCUUCUACAGCCUCCCCACGCAGCACUUCAACGAGGUGUUCCCCAGGAUAUACAUCGGCAACGCGUUCGUAGCGCAGAAUGCGAUGCGUCUGCAGAAACUCGGAGUGACCCACGUCCUCAACGUGGCGGAGGGCACCUCCUUCAUGCACGUCAACACCAGCGCGGAGUUCUACGCCGGCACGGGCAUCACGUACCACGGCAUCCAGGCCAACGACACGGUGCAGUUCAGCCUCAGUGCCUUCUUCGAGGAGGGGGCGGAUUUUAUCGACAAGGCCCUAGCACACAAUAAUGGAAAAGAUCAUUCAGAUUGUGGGAAAACUCAAUCCCAGGAGACUCCCAGAGUCCCAGAGAGUCCAACCCUGGAUUUUUUUAUCGGCUUUGACGCGGAAAAGCAUCUCGUCUUCCAGACAGUUUUGGCAAAAAGGUUUCACCAACACUGUGCAGAGCGACGGUCACAAGGGAUAGUGAAGGAGGGAGCGGUGGAGGACGAGAGGAGAGACGCAGAUGAGAGGAGUAGCAGGAGAAGUUGCCGUUGACAUUUUCUGACCCCCUCAGCUUUGAGCUCCGAAAAGGUCACGGCUCGGGGAUUUUAAUGAGGAACGCUGCAUCACUGCGUCGUUCCUGUGGAUCUGCUAUAAUGAAGACACGAGUUUACAGCAUAGAAAGUCUGUUUUUUCGCCAGUGUUUCCUCUUUGAUUCUUCUAGAAAAAUGUAUAAAGUCAUAUGUGUUGUGUUCUGCUGUCAGUCUUUUUUAAACAAAUUAAAUUGAUAUGUUCAGCAGGUAUAGUUGUAGGAGGUAGUUGUGGUUUAAAAGGAAAUCAUUUAGCUGCAGUCGUGUUUUUAACAGUGCAAAGGAGGUUAUGUUUUCACCCCUGUCCAUUUUUAUUUGUUUGUUUGUUGGUUGGUUCAUUUCAUGGCAAAUUUCGCAAAAACUCCUGAACGGAUUCCUGUGAAACUUGGUGGAAGGACGGGACUUGGACCGAGAAAGAAUUUAGGCGCGGUUCCAGGAAUAUUUCACUUUCUUAAACAUUGCGAGAUCGGCCAUUUUUGGACUCCAUCGCCAACUAGAGGUUUUGCGGUGUAACUGCAGACAGACACAGACACUGGCUGUGCAUGGAUGCAAUACAGAAGUACUGUAUAAACCAGGCUUACACUGCAGACAGUCUUUUCUCAAACCCGUUCAUGAUUUUUACCUCUGUCGUAAACCGUGAUAGGAGUGAGUAAAAUAUGAAAGAGAGUGAGUAAAUGUAUGAGUAUAUGUUUGAAAUAAGACGGAAGAGGAAGUGAAGGGAGAAAGGGGGAAAAAAAUUGGCCAUCCUGUGAGCGACGCGGUGAGAAAACGAGUCGUGAGCCAUUGAUGCUGCGUGUCUAACAAGAGGAUACAGUAGAAUCAACAUUGAUCUGUGGCAGGCCGGGUGAUUAGGUA